UUUUUAUCUUUCCCCAUUUACCCCCUUAUUUUCUUUCGCCGAUCUUCCUCAUUCCCCUUUUCCGUGGUGAUGAUAUGACGAGCAUCACUGCUUCUGAUGUUUGUGUUCUCCGCCCUCGCACAAUCUCCGGCGUCGUCUCCUGAGGCCGUUGCUCCGUCAUGAGCUCUCUGCUGUCUGCAUCUUCCCAUAACACCUUGCCGCGCCCAGAAGCCCCCCAACGCCGCGAUAAUGAGAGCACCGUUGUAGGAAACCUCGCUCGUGGUUGUUUGCAGCGGCGUUGUGGUCGUAGGAAUCCGUCAGUCUCGUUAGUCAAGCUAUAAAGUGCCCCCAAUAAUACUGUUCUUCUCAAUUCCCUUCACUAUUCCAAUCGAAAGGAUCUUCAAUUAAUCCUUGUUUUCUCCUAAAGCAAAACACUUGCUUCUUCUUCUUCAUCUUCCUCUUCUUUUACCGUUUUCAAAUUCAGCCACGUGAAAAGUGAAAACGUAACUGUCUCUGUGUAUAAAAAUUCGAUCUUUUUAUUUUCUUUCUAACCUCCAACAUGGACAAACCCAGUGGAGGUGACAAGUAUAAUGUUGAAACCGCGGAAAUCUUGGCAAACGAGGCUCAGCAUUUGCCCGUCGCGGAGGCCACACCCAUAUACGAGCAGCUUCUGCUAUUGUUUCCAACUGCAGCCAAGUUUUGGAGGCAAUAUGUGGAGGCACAUAUGGCUGCAAAUAAUGAUGAUGCUACAAAACAGAUUUUUAGUCGGUGCUUGUUGAAUUGUCUUCAGAUUCCUCUAUGGCGGUGUUACAUUCGUUUUAUUAGAAAGGUAAAUGACAAGAAGGGCAUGGAGGGUCAAGAAGAGACAAGAAAAGCUUUUGAUUUUAUGCUUAACUAUGUUGGAGCAGACAUUGCAUCUGGCCCUGUGUGGAUGGAGUACAUAGCCUUUCUAAAGUCAUUGCCGGCUAUAAAUGCUCAAGAAGAAUCACACCGGAUGACUACAAUGAGGAAAGUCUAUCAGAAGGCUAUUGUUACUCCCACUCAUCACAUUGAACAACUUUGGAAGGACUAUGAAAAUUUUGAAAAUUCUGUUAGCCGUCAGUUGGCUAAAGGACUAAUAUCUGAAUAUCAACCCAAAUAUAAUAGCGCUAGGGCAGUUUACCGGGAGAGGAAGAAGUAUGUUGAUGAAAUUGAUUGGAAUAUGCUUGCUGUACCACCAACUGGAUCCUACAAGGAAGAAAUGCAGUGGAUGGCAUGGAAGAGACUUUUAUCUUUUGAAAAAGGAAAUCCACAGAGAAUAGAUACUGCAUCCUCCAACAAACGAAUUAUAUUUACUUAUGAGCAGUGUCUGAUGCAUAUGUACCAUUAUCCUGAUAUAUGGUAUGACUAUGCUACAUGGCAUGCCAAAGGUGGUUUGAUAGAUUCUGCAAUCAAAGUAUUUCAAAGGGCUCUGAAGGCUCUCCCUGAUUCAGAAAUGCUACGAUAUGCUUAUGCAGAGCUAGAGGAAUCUCGUGGAGCAAUUCAGGCUGCAAAGAAAAUAUACGAAAGUGUUAUGGGAGAUGGUGACAGUGCUACCACACUUUCUCAUAUUCAAUUCAUUCGUUUUCUAAGAAGAACUGAAGGUGUUGAAGCUGCUAGGAAGUACUUUCUGGAUGCUCGCAAGUCCCCAAGCUGUACAUAUCAUGUUUAUGUUGCUUAUGCUACAAUGGCAUUUUGUCUUGACAAGGAUCCAAAGAUGGCUCAUAAUGUUUUUGAAGCAGGACUAAAACGCUUUAUGCACGAGCCUGUUUAUAUUCUCGAAUAUGCUGAUUUCUUGAUACGUCUGAAUGAUGACCAAAAUAUACGUGCUUUAUUUGAGAGGGCAUUAAGUUCACUUCCACCAGAGGAAUCAGUUGAGGUCUGGAAAAAGUUCACCAAGUUUGAGCAAACUUAUGGGGAUCUUGCUAGCAUGCUGAAGGUUGAGCAAAGAAGGAAAGAAGCACUUUCUGGAGCUGAAGAUGGAACAGCAUUAGAGAGUUCUCUGCAAGACAUUGUAUCACGGUACAGUUUCAUGGAUCUGUGGCCGUGCUCCUCUAAUGAUCUUGAUCAUUUAGCUCGGCAACAGUGGCUUGCCAAAAAUAUCAAUAAGAAAGUGGAGAAGUCUAUUUUGCCUAAUGGAACGACUCUUUUAGAUAAGACAUCUAUGGCAAGCAUUUCAACUAUGCCAUCAAAAAUUGUUUAUCCUGAUACUUCAAAGAUGGUGAUAUAUGAUCCAAAGCAUACUCCUGGUGCUGGAACAAAUGCAUUUGAUGAAAUUCUGAAAGCUACACCACCUGCUUUGGUAUCAUUUUUGGCAAAUCUACCUGCAGUUGAAGGCCCAAUGCCAAAUGUGGAUAUCGUGCUAUCAAUUUGUUUGCAAAGUGAUCUACCAACAGGACAAAGUGUGAAAACAGGGAUUCCAACACAAGUACAAAGUGGUAAAGCAGGAAUUCCAGCACUAUUACCAGCUGGUUCUGCUCCUGCUGCUGCUGCAAGUGAACUUUCUGGUUCAAGCAAAUCUCACCCUGCUCCAAGUGGUGGUGUAUCUUUGAAACCAGGAAGUAAUAGACAAUAUGGGAAAAGGAAGGAACCAGACAGGCAAGAUGAGGAUGAUACUACAACUGUCCAAAGUCAACCACUUCCACGAGAUGCUUUCCGGAUACGACAGUAUCAGAAAGCUCGAGCCAGCAGUGCUUCACAAACAGGAUCAGUUUCAUAUGGAAGUGCAUUUUCUGGCGAUUUGUCUGGCAGCACUGGCUGAUAAAAUAUUUUCAAACCACUUCUUGAAGGCCUAAGUAAAUUAAAAGACCUUCCAUGAGCUCAUACAGCAUUAUCCAUUUGCCUAUUGCCUAUUUGAUAAGUUGUGAACACGAUGUAUAUUCACUAUUCAGGUUCCUGCCUCCAUUAUCAUGCCUAUGGCCCUAUAGAGUCUUAUGGACAAGGCAAUAGGACUAUAAUCUUUGCAUGAGUACAACCUCAGCUCUUGGGAGGAUUAAUACUUCAAAAGGAGCUUGGACUUGCAUGGAAGAACCAUACUUGUCUCUGAAGUGUUAAGAGUAUAAACUGGUAUUCUAAAACUGUUUUCCCAUGCAGGAACGUAACAUUUUUUCCUAGAUCUUUUACAAUAACAUUUAAUUUAUGUAAUUUUAUUUUGCUAUGUUAUUGGAGGUGCAAGAAACCCGGUUGCUUAAUGAUGGAUUAAACUUUCAAUAUCCUGAUUUUACAAUAUUUUGGAGACUGGCAUCUGUCUGUUAUCCACGAGCUUACUUACACAAUUUUUAUUUUAUUUUAUUUUGUGAACA